ACACACUUGGUGGAAAACAUUCAUGAUGCAUCAUUGUGUGCAGCGGUUUGACGUGUAAUAUUAAAACCGACCACUAGGUGUCCUCAAAUCCCCAGCAACCCGUUAUACCAAGUCUGCGCAGUGCGCAUGUUUGAAACUGAACCGAGAGACACGCAAAAGAUACCAAGCGUGAAUAUUAAAAAGUAAACAUUUGCAGGAUACCAAAAGAGAGAUUUGGUGCUUCCCCAUUCUGAGCUGUAUCUGUUGCCAAGAGACAAAACACGCCUUCCUGCAGCAUCAUUGGCUACAUCCAUUCCAUCUCUUUCACUCCUAUGGGUGGACCGCGUCCCUAAUUCUAACAGAGUGACCAAUCGCAUGAGAGCAGGGCGGGAUUUAUUGAAUACGGGUAGGAAAGCAAGGAAAUAAAUAAUGCACCUGUGCCCGGUUGCCGAGCGACGUCUAAGUUAGAGGCAGCGGCGUAUUUUUUCCAGAAGAAGGAGGGAAAUGAAGGAAAUGAGGGGAAAUGAGGGAGUGGCAGAGAGCGGGAGAAAGAGAAGUGCAUGUGGGCACAAGCCGGCGGAGGAGCAGCAGAUAAAUGUGAUUGGAGUGAGCUGGUGCUGAACGCAGGAGAAGCAGGACUGAGUGAGGAACGCUGAUGAUGUGACUGUCGCUGAUGCUGGUGGAGCGACUUGGAGAGAGAAGUUAUGCGCAGCAGAAGUAACCUUCUUCCCUCUAAGGGAUUUCAUCUCACCAAGGAGAAAGUGAUGUUAUGAAAUCCACCUGAAGGUCCAUAACUAUGAUGGAAAGAUUUUCCAGCAUGAACUGACGUAGUUGUUUCCCCAUAACUGCGUGUCCGGGACGUGACGUGACGUGACCAUGGGGGCGUUGGGAUGCCUGAACGUGACCAACGGGACGAGCGGCGGUGCGCCGUACCCGCUCCAGGCGUCUCUGGUGGUGCUCGUGGUGCUGCUCAUCCUCCUCACGGUGUUCGGUAACGUGCUGGUGGUGAUCGCCGUGUUCACGAGCCGAUCCCUGAAGGCUCCGCAGAACCUGUUCCUGGUCUCUUUGGCUUCUGCGGAUAUUUUGGUGGCGACUCUGGUCAUGCCGUUCUCGCUGGCCAACGAGCUGAUGGGAUACUGGUAUUUCGGCCAGGCCUGGUGCGAGGUCUACUUGGCGCUGGACGUCUUGUUCUGCACCGCCUCCAUCGCGCACCUGUGUGCAAUCAGCCUGGACCGCUAUUGGUCCAUCACGCAAGCCGUGGAGUACAACCUGAAGCGCACGCCGCGCCGCAUCAAGUGCAUCAUCUUGGUCGUGUGGGUCAUCGCCGCAGUCAUCUCCUUCCCGCCGCUCAUCACUAUGGAGAAGGAGGGAGAGCAGGAGGUGGGGCGUCCGCUGUGCAAGAUCAACGAGGACAAGUGGUACAUCAUCUCAUCCUGCAUCGGCUCCUUCUUCCUGCCCUGCAUCAUCAUGGUGCUCGUGUACAUCCGCAUCUACCAGAUCGCCAAGAGCAGGACCAGAGGAAGGGGAAGGAAAGAGGAAGAAAGGCGAAGGAACGACGCCAAAAAGGAGGAGAACGGCCACGAGAAGCUCAACGGCGAGUCAGACGACAAGGACAAGGGCGACGUCAACGGCGUGGACAUGGAGGAGUCGUCCUCGUCCGAGCACAAGGAUGACAACGCUUGCUCAAACAAGAAGAUGCGAGCCAAGGGCAAGACCAAGCUGAGCCAGAUCAAACCCGGGGACGAGACCGCCAGGCGGUCCACGCGACAGAGCGGCAACCGCGGGCGCUGGAAGGGCCGACAGAACCGCGAGAAGCGCUUCACCUUCGUCCUGGCCGUCGUUGUCGGCGUCUUCGUCGUCUGCUGGUUUCCUUUCUUUUUCACGUACACACUGACGGCGCUAUGCGACUCGUGCUGCGUUCCCACCACGCUCUUCAAGUUCUUUUUCUGGUUCGGCUACUGCAACAGCUCGCUCAACCCCAUCAUCUACACCAUCUUUAACCACGACUUCAGGAGGGCCUUCAAGAAGAUCCUGUGCCGACGGGAGCGCAGGGUCGUGUGAAAUCGACAGGACAAGACCGGAAUCUGCACCGGCGUCGCUUGAACUUUAACCCUGUUCUGAUUUGCAAUGUGUUGUACAGCCAGCACUGAGCACAGUCUACACCAUCGAGGGGGGGUGGGGGGUGGUGGGGGCGAGAAGCCAGGGCAGAGGGUCUUGUGAACGAGAUUUGUUCCCUUGUUGAACUUUAACCCGCGAUCCAUUAGGACAAAACAAACGCGAGCUCACGUCAACGCAAAACCACCAACUUCCCACCCGUUUUUUUUCUUCGAUUUGAUUUCUUUACAGCUUGUGCAGAAGCCGCAGAAGAGCGCGCCGUACCGCCGCAGCGUCCAUGUGAUUUAUUGCGAGGUGAGCAGCCGGAGGGGAAGUGUGUACAGUAAACACUAAUACAGCAGCGUCACACAGGGGGAAAAUAUCGGCCCUCGAUUUCACGCCUGCUUUUGUAUCAUACAUCAAUAGAGCGAUAAGAAGAAAACGUCCUCCGGCAAUUUGCUCUGUAAAUAAUCACAAAUCACACAACGGGAACCUGCACACGCGCGCACACACACACACCCCUCAGUCAUUCCCUAUAAUACCUGUGCUAUGUAUGUUGUGUAUGAAUGAUAAAUGCAUUGGACUGAUGUUUGAAAAACGUCACGCACACGACCAACACAUUUUCACUUCCAAUUCAUUUGAUGUUACAGAAAAAAUUUGAAAAAAUCUGAUUCCUUUUGAAUUCAGUAUCAAUAAAAUCAGAUGUUCUGCUGGGAAACACAAUGGCUUAAGAAUCUCUUGUUUUUGCUCACCACAAACAAUCCCU